GGGAAACAGGGCGCGGUCCCAACUGCACAGAGGCUCCAACGCCGUCCUCCUCCCCGCCCCCUUUCCGCUGCAUCCCCCGCCCGUCGGUGUAGCAGUGUACACAGUCGCAAACUGACCCCACCCAGGAUCCAAAACAGGAUUCAAAAAAACGUCUUUGCGUUUUCUACCAGCUCCCUAUCCUCAAACAAGGGGAGGGGAAGAAGCCGGUGAGAAAAACCUCUCUUUCCGCCGCCCUGCGAGUUUCUGCAGCCUUGCUCCGAGGCCGAGGCAUCUCCAAGGUCGUGAUGGCUCUCCAGAGGAUUCAUGCAUUGCUUCUGCUCUUGCUGCUGACCAUGCUGGGGCUGGUGCAGCCCUCCUAUGGCCAGGAUCGCAUGUACCAACGAUUCCUGCGGCAACAUGUGGACCCUGAGGGGACAGGUGGCAACGAUGCCUACUGCAACUUGAUGAUGCAAAGACGGAAGAUGACUGUGCGUCAGUGCAAGCAUGUCAACACUUUCAUCCAUGAAGACAUCUGGAACAUUCGUAGUAUCUGCAGCACCACUAAUAUCCAGUGCAAGAAUGGCAAGAUGAACUGCCAUGAGGGUGUAGUGAAGGUCACAGACUGCAGGGAGACAGGAAGUUCCAGGACCCCCAACUGCAGAUAUAGGGCCUUGGCAAGCACCAGGCGUGUGGUCAUUGCCUGUGAGGGUAACCCCGAGAUGCCUGUGCACUUUGACAGAUAGACACCAUCCUGCAGGGGUGACAACCCAGCCCUUGGCCUUCAACUUAAUGCAUAAACUGCAAUGAGUAAUGCAUUUGAGCUGCCCCAGGCUCUGUCUCCUCUACUUCUUAUUCUUUUUCUCUUUAUAACCCAUUCUGUUAAGCACAUUGUAUCAAAGAGAAAUGGAGACAUAAAAUGAGGCUGGGCUUUUCUAUAGUAAACUUUUUUGCUUGCUUUUAUCAUACUGGUCAGUUGAGCUCUCUCAUCAGAUCCUAUCCUCUGGAAUUUAGUCAUUAUCUGUAUUUAUAUAGCACUUCAAGCAUUUCAAAGUGCUUUCAUCUAAAUUAUCUCAUUUUAAUAGCACAGCACUCCUGUAAUGCUGCCUGUUGUAUGUAGGAGCCCAAAGUUAAGAGAUUUGCUGAAGACCAUGAAGUUAGUGGAAUAACUGAGACAGAAAUCCAGUUGAACUGACUACCAAUCCAGGGCUUUCUCCACUUCAUCACAAGGAGCGUUUUGAAAGUAACUGCUUUUUGUUGUUUCCCAGAGUCAGCUGUUGGGAGAAGCAUUACAAAUUUGGAAAUGUAUGCUGGCAAAUGAGAACUCUAUCUGUGUGAUUUGGCUCCCUUGUUAUGCUGGGCUCUAAUAAGAUCAGGAAAUGAUGCGAGGAAUUUUCUUUCUCUCUCUCCGCGACUUUUGAAUCACUCUAAUAAGUCAGAAUAUUAAAAAUGUACUAGAUCAUUUAUGACUUAUUCACUCUUCCUGACUGAAAUGUUUUUCAUGUUUUCCUUGUAAUAAAGGACAUAAACUGCAGGUAUCUGA